AUGACGACACCCCCUCCAUCUCCCACACAGGCCGAGAUUCCUUCUGAUGGGACGUCUAGGAAAACUAGACAAGCCACUCGGCUAAGAAGGUUGACAGCAAGAACAUUGGAGCAAGCAAGGGCAACAGUCAGUGUGAAUCCAGCGACUGGUAGAGGAUCCGGACCUCACAAGGAUCAGUUUCACAGUUACCUUGGAGUUGUGGCACGAGACAAGAUUCCAAUUGUUCACGCUAGCUGGAAUGAUAUACCUGAAACACUGAAGAACAUGAUAUGGGAUGACAUAUUGGCAAAAUUCGACAUCCCCGAGGGUGAUAAUGCCAAAAAGAAGGUGAUGUCAACUGUGGCAACGCGUUGGAGGCAAUUUAAGUCGGCGUUGACAACAAAAUAUGUGUAUGGUAACACUGACGGCCAAGCAAAAGAUGAUCCUUUGGUUAAAUAUGGCAUUAAUGAAAAAGAUUGGGCCGAGUUUGCAAAAAUGAGGCAAACCCCUACCUGGCAGGGGAUACGAAAAAAGGCACAAGAAAUUCAAAAGUACAAUGACUCUCCGCACUUGUUGUCUAGGGGAAGCUAUGAGCUGCUAGAAAAAAAAUUAAUGGCUGAAAAAAGGAAGAUACGAGAAGAACAAGCAGCAUUUACUGAGGACCCUUCAUUGUACCUCCCACCAUCACCAAUUUCUAGACACGAGAAAUGGAAGAGUGCACCCACAAAACAAUAUGGCCAGAUGACAUCUCAAGCCGCCAAAGAAAUUGCUAACAAAAUUGUAAGCAACUAUUAUCAUUAA